CAUUCGAUGCAGUACGCGACGAACGGCAGACGGUGAACGGUCGUCGUAGGCAUCCGGUAGGAGAUGCCACAAUAAAACUUGAUCGAAACUCGGUGGUUUGCUGACUACGAUGGCUACGUGGUCGCGAUGGUUGCUACUAACUUACCUGGGCUUCGGUGCGGCGUGGAUAGACGAGAGGCCGGUGUUGGAGUCGCGGGACGGAAACCUGUUCAUUUCCGCCGCGAGGGACAGGAACAUCAGCCUGAAGAUCCUGGGAGCCGGCUACGUCAACGUCAACGAAAUUAAUUUGCUGCACGUCGCUUCCGCGGCGCAAAACGCGACGCAUCUGAUCGAAAGAUUGCGAACGGGCUACCUGGCGGAUCUGGAAACCGAUCUGCAGCGACUAACGCAAAUCGUCGAAGGACCGGAUGGCCUCGAACGAAGGAUGGCCAUGUUAAAUGGCUUCGCGAAGCCGAACGGCACACUCCCGUCGGGUCUAUUACGUAAUCAGUCCGUCGCCAGCGUCAACAUGAAAGUUCGUCUUCUCACCAACCGGGUGCGACGUCUGGAGAACCAUGUAAGGACGAUAGAAACGAAACUAAUAGUAAACGAGUGUAUUAGCGGGCCUUGUCAAAACGGAGGCAGCUGCCAGGACCUCUAUGACGGAUAUCAGUGUAAUUGCCCACCUAAUUGGGAGGGACGGAAUUGUCUGACUGAUGUGAACGAGUGCCUGCGGCUGCAGGGAACAGAUCUAGGCUGUCAGAAUGGCGCUACGUGUUUUAAUUAUCCGGGAUCAUACAGGUGCGUAUGUGCUUCGGGAUGGCACGGCAUCCAUUGCACGACGAAGACUUCUGUCUGCAGCACGCAGAACUCUGAGGCACUGUGUGGACAUGGUGUUUGCGUCAGCAAGCCAGGCUCUAGAGAUGGCUACACUUGCAUUUGCGAUCAGGGUUGGCAGGCCGAAGCCACCAGCCCGGCCUGCACCAAGGACGUUGACGAAUGCGCGAGUAACCAUCGACCAUGUUCCGUGAACCCUUGGGUAAAUUGUCAAAACGCUCCUGGUACAUUCUUCUGCGAUGCAUGUCCUCGCGGUUACACCGGUAAUGGCUACUACUGCGCCGACAUCGACGAGUGUCUGGUAGAGAACGGGGGCUGCAGCACGACGCCCAGAGUAGAGUGCAUGAACACGAUGGGUUCGAGGAUGUGUGGGCCAUGCCCCACCGGUUACAGCGGCGACGGUGUCACCUGUACAUAUGUGGGCAGUUGCAAGCUGAACCACGGAGGUUGCCACCCCUUGGCGGCGUGCAUCGAGAACACAGCUCUUACCAGCGCUUACGUGCUAUGUCGAUGUCCAGCUGGUUUCACGGGCGAUGGAGUUGGCCCGAAUGGUUGCCAUCAGAUAGCAACACACAUCCCUGCCCAUGGCGCCUGCUCCAGUAACCCUUGCGUCCAUGGGAGUUGCCAUCUCAAAGAAGACGACAACUACGACUGCUUGUGUGACUCCGGUUACAUUGGGAAAAACUGCAACAUAAAGGAUCCUUGCAUGCCUAAUCCCUGCAGAAACAGCGGCAUUUGUAGGCUCGUGGACGGAGCCGCGAUCUGCAACUGUUCGGCGACGCACACCGGCAUCAGAUGCGAGACUCCGCGACAGACUUGCGGCGGCGUGGCCAGGGAUCCUGUCGGACAGCUCGUGUUCCCUAAAGAUGGGAACGUUUAUCAGCAUGGAUUGAACUGUGCGUGGCUUCUCACCACUAACAGUUUGCUCGUCCUGAACGUCACCUUCACCAAGUUCAAUAUCGAGAAAUCGACCGACUGCAAAUUCGAUUUCCUGCAGAUCCACGACGGAAGGAACGCUGGCAGCCAAAUGAUCGGCCGAUUCUGCGGCAACACGUUGCCUAAUGGAACCGGGAACAUUAUAUCGUCCCACAAUUCCUUGUACUUCUGGUUCUACUCGGACAACAGUAUCUCCCAUGACGGGUUCGCGUUCCGUUGGGAUAGCAUCCCACCCAUUUGUGGCGGACAUCUAACAGAUGACUACGGAACGAUCACUUCGCCGGGUUCGCCUGGCAGAUACCCGCCUAACAGAGACUGCUUUUGGCAUAUCGCUGUCCAACCUUCGAAGAGGAUACAGCUCCAUUUCGGUCAGCUGAUGAUCGAAGAACAUCCCACCUGCGAGGACGACUACCUCGAGAUAAUGAGCGAAAGUCGCGGUAGGGUGGGUCUCUACUGCAACCACACGCGCCCACCCCCUCUCAUCGUGCCAGGAUCAGAGGCCGUGCUCCAUUUCCAUUCUGACGGCGCCGGCCAGGAUUCUGGAUUCCAGAUUCACUAUUCCGCCAUCGAGGGUAUACCUGGCUGCAACGGAGUGUACACCGCCUACGUCGGCACCAUCACACUUCCUUCGUACAAGUCCUCUUACCACGAGAACAUGGAGUGCGAUUGGAGGAUACAGCUGCCGGUUGGCGAACGUGUGCGAAUCACCUGGACAAAGUUCGGUCUGGAGUAUUCGAACGCUUGCAAAUUCGAUUAUCUCGAGAUCUAUGACGGUCCAAGCAACGAGUCGCCACUGCUCGGCAGGUACUGCGGCCAGACGCUGCCCCCGUCCUUGAAGUCGACCUCGAACGAGGUGCUACUGGUAUUCAAGUCCGACUUCACGGUGCAGAGCGAGGGUUUCACCCUCUUGUACUCGAUCGACUGCGGCGGUGUGUUCACCGAGGAGUCCGGCUUCCUGCAUUCGCCAUUGUACCCGAAUCAAUACCACAGCUCGAGAACCUGCAUUUACGAAAUCAUACUGCCACCUGGCAAGAGGAUUGAGCUCACUAUCCAGGACAUGGACAUCGAGGGCCUGAGUCCGGAGAACUGUUACUUCGAUUACCUGGAGAUCUUCGACGGGGACAACGAGAACAGCACCAAGCUCGCCACCCUCUGCGGCGGUGAAAAUGACAUACCCCUCGAUGCCUAUUACUCCACCCACAAUUAUAUGAUGUUGAAGUUCGUCAGCGACGGUAGCUUAGAGGAGCGUGGCUUCUUCGCGAACUACACGGCCAUCGACAGCGUAUGCGGAGGACUGCUCAAGGAACCGAUAGGGAUUAUUAACUCUCCAACGAGUAGUGGGCAGAAGUGCACCUGGACGAUACAGGCUCCGCCAGGUCACGUGGUACAGCUUAACUUCUUGUCGUUCAAAUUCGACAAGUCAACCCAUUGCAGAGAAUCUUACGUCAAGGUUUUCGAGAACUAUUUGACCUCCGACAUGAACAUGCUGGGCAUCUUCUGUGGAAAGAAGAAACCGCCGAUACUGUUAUCCGAAGGUAACGUAAUGACCAUCUUCAUGAACGUAGACUACACGUUCUCAUUGCUUGAGUCCAACACAUUCGUCGCAUCGUACCUCUUCAUGGACGCCUCGAAGGUCUGCGGCGGCCAUUAUAUGAGGUCGAACGGCUUGAUCAAAUCACCGAAUUACCCCAAUCGCUAUCCAGGCGGUAAGGAAUGUGUGUGGAUAGUGGAAGCGGCGAACAAGCACAAAGUGAUCUUGAACGUACGGUCGUUCAUGCUUGAGUAUCACCGCUCCUGUAUCUACGAUUAUCUAGAGAUCAGGAACGGCGGCUACGAAACUUCACCCCUGAUUGGAAAAUAUUGUGGAACAGAUAUCCCAAGUCAGAUCAUAGGUCAGAGCAAUCAAUUGUAUCUGAAGUUUGUCUCCGAUAUUACCAGACACUUCAGUGGAUUCGAGAUCGAAUGGGAUAGCACUACGUCUGGUUGCGGUGGUAUCAUGAACGCCGCCACCGGCGACAUAAUCUCCCCGAAUUACCCGCAGCCAUACUCUCACUCGGACUGCUACUGGAAGAUCUUGGUGUCUCCGGGCAGCCUUGUGCGACUCCUGAUAAUCGAUCUCGACCUAGAGCAUCACGAUAAGUGCAUAUUCGACUACAUCGAGCUCUACGAGGACAUCGAUCCAAACAGCAGGCAGAGGUAUUGCAGUAGCUCCCAUCCGAAGGUCAUACAGGGCAAGUCGAACACGAUGAACGUGCGGUUCCGUACCGACUAUUCGAACUUCGGCCGCGGUUUUCAUCUCAAGUAUGAAACACUUUGUCAAAAUACGCUGCAUGGUUUCUACGGCGUGAUCGAGUCGCCCAACUUCCCGGACAAGUACCAGGACUUACUAAAUUGCACCUGGGUGAUCGAGGCGCCCCUCGGCAACAAGGUGAAUCUGACUUUCUCGCAUUUCGAGUUGGAAGCGGAACAAGAGUCAGACUGUCAGAAUUAUCUGGACGUCAAUGAGCGCGCCUACAGCUCGGCAACCACGCUCACGAAGCUCGCAAAGCUCUGCAACACGGACAGCGUUCCUCGUCACACGAUUUCUUCGACGCAGAACCAAGUGCUCGUCCACUACAUUGGAACAGUACCCACCCCCGUCAACUUCCGAUUGGAGUGGAUGGUAGACGGAUGUGGAGGACAUCUGACGAGGCUGUCUGAUUCGUUCACGUCGCCGAAUUACCCGCUCAACUAUCCGACAAGCGUCGACUGCGAUUGGCUGAUCGAAGUCGAUCACAUGAACAGCAUAGAGCUCACUAUCCAUGAUAUCAACUUAGAAAAGCAGAAGGGUUGCUACUUCGACAAGCUGCAAGUGUUCAGCGGCGACGACGCAAAUGCGCCGUUGUUGAUCGAGGUCUGCUAUUCCGAUAACCCGAUGGUGUACACCAGCUUUGGAAACAAGAUGUACUUGAAAUUCCACUCGGACGUGUCGUACGCCUCGCGCGGAUUCAACGCCAGUUAUAGAAGCGUGCCUAUUCAGUGCGGUGGUAGAUUCACCGCCGACACCGGUAUCAUACAUUCCACUGAUUACCCGAAGAAUUACCCGAGACGUCAGAACUGCGAAUGGUUACUGCAGGUGCAGCCCAACUAUCUUGUCAAUCUCACCUUCUUGGACUUCGAUCUGGAGACCUCUGAUAACUGCACCGCCGAUUACGUCAAGAUAUACAACGGUCCAACAAAGGACUCGCCGUUAAUGACGACUCUCUGUCAAAACGAGUUACCAAAGCCCUUCAUUGCAACUGGAAAUGAAAUGUUGGUCGUAAUGAGAACAGACAGCUUCAUCACAGCGAAAGGAUUCAAAGCGACGUACUCUUCAGCUUGCGGCGCUCGGCUGAUAGUCAAGGAUCAGGGAUACCUAUCGCCAUCCUGGAUUCAUACCGACAAUUCGGAUAUUCUGAACUGUACCUGGACAUUGAUCACGGAAGAUCCAGCUGAUCACGUUACCCUGACAUUCGAACAAUUUACCAUGAGCUUAGACACGUUCACAGAGCUUAACAGCUGCACAGAGUCGUUUCUCGAGGUUCACGAAGGUCCGAGCAUAAAUGGACCCUCCUUGGGCAAAUGGUGCAACAACGUUGUGCCUCUGCCUAUAACGAGUACAGGGAAUGCGCUCACGAUACAUCAAUACGUUAUGUUCUACCUCCAGGAACACUUUUCGUUAAUUUAUUCGACGCUGAACACAGCUUGCGGAGGCAACUACAGCUCCUAUGCGGGGAAGAUCGCCUCGCCGAUGUACCCUAACAGCUACCCCCUGAAUUCAGAGUGCGUCUGGUUCCUGAGGAAUUCGCCCGGUAACAGGCUGAAGCUGACCUUCAGCGAGUUCGACCUGCAGCCAGGCGAGAACUGUGACCUCGACUAUCUCGAGAUUCGCGAGAACAACGGGAUCGGAAAGUUGCUGGGCGUGUUCUGCGGGACCACCGCCGAGACUAUCGAAACGUCGGCUUCGAUCUGGAUGAAGUUUAAAAGCGACGGCGACGGGGUGGCGAAGGGGUUCGUGGUCGAUUAUACCGUCGAGGGUGGAGAUGAGCUCAGCGGACCAACCGGUCGGAUCACCUCGCCUUUGUACCCCAUGCCCAUCAAAAUCGGGCAACCAAUCACAUGGCGGAUCACCGUCGAUUAUCAGCAGCUGAUCAAGCUCGAGAUCAAGGACAUAUUCAUCGAGAGCUUCGGCCCCGGUUGCUUCUCCUAUGUCCGAAUCCACGACGGUUACAACGACGAGGCAACGGUUUUACUCGAGAGCUGCAACAUGGAGAACUCUGGCCCCGUGACGUCGUCCACCAACGUCGUCUACAUAGUAGCAUUGGUAGAGUUCAUCCGGUCAGGCAGCAGGUUCGACAUCGUCUGGAUCCAAGUGCCGACGACCGAUAACGUCGGGGACAUCGAGAGGCAACUGAGCAACUGCACCGAGCUGGUCUCCUUGGACAGCCUCGACAACCACGAUAUUCAUUCUCCUGGCUGGCCAAAUGGAUACUCGGAUAACCUGCAAUGCACCUGGCUGGUCACCUGUCCGCCAGGCUCGCACAUAGUCCUGAGACUGAUCAACCUGGACAUAGAGGAGUCCGACACCUGCUUCGCGGACUCGUUGUCGGUUUACGACGGCGAUGCGCUGAACACGCCGGAGAACGCCAAGCUGUUGGAGAAGAUGUGUCUAUCGAAUUCCUCGCACACUCAGCUCCAAGCGAGCGACAACGUGAUGACCAUAAAAUUCAUCUCGGACAGCUACGUCAACAAGACAGGGUUCUACGCGUUCGCCCGUCGUGAGUGCGGAGGCAAAUUGUCCGGUCCGAACGGAGAGAUCGCCGUGGACACCUCUUCCACGGGCGGCAGGGGAGUUCGUAACUGGCAGGUGUCCUGCGAGUGGGACAUUCGGGUGAAACCUGGGCGAACUAUAAUGUUAAAUUUCCUCGAGGUGUCGCCGAUUCGUGACUUGAAUUGCGCGGAUAAUUACAUACUGUUGAAAAAUGGCGACAAGACAUCGUCCGACUUGCUGGGCGAUGGUAACUAUUGCGGCAACAUAAUGCCCCCGGACUUGGAGUCCUCCGGAAAUCGCCUUUAUGUGAAAUAUGCCAGCAUUCGACCGAGAGCUCGCCUAAAGAUAUCCUACAGGGAAGUCAGCCUGAAUUGCGGAGGCGAGUACAUACUUAAAGGCAAAACAUUGAACAUCUCGACGCCGAACUACCCUAAUAUUCCACCACCGUACUCGGAAUGCACGUGGACCAUUAUGGCGCCGAGCAGGGAACGACUGUCCAUCCACUUCGUCGAUAGAUUCGACUUGAGAAACACUCCCGAUUGCGAGAGGGAAUACGUGGAGGUAAGAGACGGCGGAACUCAAAGCUCGAAGAUGCUGGGACGAUUUUGCAGUAACGUUGCGCCUAGCACUAUGUUAACCACUGGAAACAUGGUGUUGAUACAUUUCUUCUCGGAGCUGUUGGAGCCAAGGAAUGGCUUCAAAGUAAAGAUCUCUAUCGGAGAGGGUUGCGGAGGCACCAUUCGAGGUACCGCUGGUGUGCUAACGUCGCCUAAUUAUCCGUUCUACUACAAACAGAACCUGACGUGCACCUGGGUGAUAAUCGCGCCGGCCGAUCACACUGUUAAGUUGCAGUUCAGCGACUUAAAUCUGCCAGUCGCCUUCCAGUGCGAGUUGACCGAUCAUGUGGUCAUCGGCGACAGGAAUCCGGAGAACGAAACGAGCGUCAACAAAAUCACGACCAUCUGCGGCGAUAACGAGUCCACUGUCUUCGAAACGUCAACGAACGAGGCCGUGAUACAAUUCAAGACCGACAACUUCGAGUACCAUAAUUACAGAGGGUUCAAGCUGAACUUCACGUCCAGUAGAGAUGUUUGCGGGGGUUAUCUGACCGCAUUAAGCGGCGUACUAAAGUCAGAAGGAUAUCCGAACGGUAGCAGACGUCACAGACACUGCGCCUGGAAGAUUAAGGUACCGCUCGGCUUUCAAGUAGUCCUGAACAUUGAAGACAUUGAUGAAUCUAACUUACGCUCGACUAUGCGUAUGGAUGUCCUAACAGUGUACAACGACUUCAAAUACAGAACCAAGAUCCAUUCAACGAAUCAGAACAGUGCUCUGCAAGUUAGGAGCUCCACUAACGUCAUGGCCAUUGCAUACACCUCGUCCCCUGGGGCCCGAGGAUUCAAAGCACACUACUCUUCCCGAUAUCCAGCUCCCUGCGGCGACAUGAUGAUCAACAUGAAAGGUAAUCUGUCAACACCGAGAACUUCGCCGUUCAACGAGUCAUCGUUCUACUGCGCGUGGACCAUAAAAGCACCUAAACGCCUAACAGAAGGCGCGGGCAGCACUGGAGUGACACUGUCUGUUUGGGUAACUGGUGUCAUAGGUGAAAUGCGAGGCACAUCCAGUUGGAAAUAUUGCUACAACUAUCAAUUUAUCAGCCUUGUCGACUAUGGCCAGAUCUGCGGAACCAUCAAGGAACCAAAGUACCUUAGGAGUCCAAACCCUAUCAACGAGGUGGUGAUUGUGAACGGUACUUACGGGAAACCAAUGUCUAUCAACGCGCAGUAUGAAUGGCAACCUUGCGGCGGUGUCUUGGAAGGUCCAACGCACGAGAUAGAAACACCGACGAAUAUAUCCUUCCCUAUUAGCUGCGCCUGGAACAUUAAUUAUCCCGACGAUGGGGAACUAAUAAAACUGAGCUUCUCGAAGAUGAACCUGAGCUCUUGCGAGAAAACCUACGUCACCAUCAGGAAUGGCGGACCACUCGCGCCACUAAUCGGCACCUACUGCGGGAACAUAAAGCCAGCGAACAUAACAAGCUCCAAAAACCGAUUGUGGAUCGAGUUCUUCGCGAAGAGCGAGCCGAACGAGUUCAAGCUGACUUUGGAGGGGGCGAACAACGGCUGCGGAGGAACUGUGCGCGGCAAGAUCAAACAAAUCGCUUCUCCAAAGUUCCCGGACCAGUACCCGAACAAGGCAGAUUGCAGCUGGGAAAUUGUCGCCGAUAAUGGCUACCACAUCGGAUUGGUUUUCACCAAUCGUUUCAAUCUGGAGAGCAGCCAGAACUGCACCAAUGAUUAUGUAGAGAUGUUCGACUGGAUAGAAGGUCUGGAGGGCGACAGAACCUGGAAGAGUCUAGGAAAAGUGUGUGGCAGAAAUACGCCCCCGCAUUUCAAUUCGACCAGCAAUCGUAUGAAGGUCACCUUCCACUCCAACGACAAAAUCCAAGGGGAUGGUUUCAUGGCCCUCUGGUACGAGAAUUGCGGCGGGAUCUUCGAAGUCACCGAGAAGACACAAACCAUCUCGUCCCCAUCUUAUCCGAACAUGUACAGACCGAACUUGUUCUGCAAUUACACUCUGGUCGCUCCUGAGCAUGACAUCGUCGUCAAGUUCACGGAAUUCCAGCUUGAACGCAGUCGCAGGGACUGUCGAUUUGACAACGUGACGAUAACGUACGAAGAUAUUAUGUACUCCUACACCUCCACCGACACUUAUUGCGGCAAUAAUGAACCGUUGCCGGUCUUAUCGAAGAACAAAGUGGAGAUUAUAUUCAGAACGGAUCCCUACAUUCAACGACAUGGCUUCGUCUUCCAAUACCUUCUCAAAUCUUGUGGUGGAGAGAUGACAAAACCAGGAAGGAUCGAGCCGCUUAUGCGAGGUGACAAAUACUUUGGCGGAGUGUCCUGCUCUUGGACAAUCCGUGCACCCCCUGACAAGAAUGUCGUUCUACGUUUCGAGAAGUUCAUCCUGGAACAUAGCCACUCGUGCUUCUAUGACCGCAUCGAUAUCUACGACGGCACGAAAGAGGACGAUGAUAACAAGCUGGCCCGGUUGUGCGGCGAUCUAACCGAUAACUUGCCUAUAAUCGCAUCAACGAACAACACCAUGUUUGUGUAUUUCCACUCGGACACGAACCGAGAAUACGAAGGAUUCAUGGCCGAGGUCCGGUUUGUGAAGAGCUUCGACGCAGGCUGCGGCGGCAACAUUAAUCUGUUAUCAAAGGACGCGUCAAAACCGUUUAAAACACAGAUGGGUUCCACUUACGAGAGCCUGGAGGACUGCUUCUGGGUCGUUAAGGCAGCUCCGGGAAUGAACAUCAAGUUCACCAUCAACAGCAUGGACCUCAAGAAUGCUACCAAGAAAAACAGCAACGGAGCAUGUACUGGCGAUUUUCUGGAGAUUCGCGACGGUGCGAGUCCUUUCUCCGAACUUCUGGGCAGGUUCUGCGGCAAUCAGGCGCCACCGGCGAUAUUUACUACCUCGAAUACCAUGUGGAUACGAUUUUACAGUGAUGGAACAAUCGAAGGAGCCGGAGUCAGUGGAACGUUGGACGCUGUAAAUGCGUUCUGCGGCAUUCCCGUCUGGACGGUGAACAAGACGAUGCAGGUCCUAACUUCUCCGAAGUACCCUAAGGACUACGGAACGGGUGUAAAGUGCCGGUGGUUGUUGCGAGUAGAGUCCUCCGAUUCGGAGAAACUGAGGAUUGCAUUCUUGGACCUCGAUUUGGCCGAGUCUGCUCGGUGCGACACCGAUUACCUCGAAAUUACGGACAAGCAGAACCGGAAAUACAUCGAUGAAGGCUUCGGACAGAAUUUCGUUUGGGGCGGACACUCGGCUGACCAGUACACGGAUUUCCACUUGCCGACGACCACGGCCAGGUAUUGCGGCAAAGAACUGCCCCAUCAGUACUAUAGCUCCAGCAGCGAGAUUACGAUAAGCUUCAAAGGCGACACCGUCGGCCAUAGAGGAUUCAAGAUUGAAUUCGACAACGCAGCCUGCAGUCAAAAUUACACCUCGGCGCAGGGUCGACUCGUCCACGAAGGAACCACCGAAUGCUGGAACACGAUCACAGCGCCAGCCAAUCACACCAUCGCGUUGUACUUCAACAGAUUCAUAUUUUACAACAUGGAGGGGUGCACGAAGACCGCUGUCGAGGUUUUCGAAGGCGGCUUCAAUGGCAAACGUUUGGCAUCGUUGUGCGGCAUAGAGACGCCUGUUCCUAUUUUCAGCGUCGGUAACAAGCUGAGCAUACACUCCUGGAGUGAAUUUCAGUCCAUGUACGAGUACUAUGACAUCACUUAUACGACAACGGAUGCAGGUCGCGGUUGCGGAGGCCGGAUUUACAAUUAUGCAGGGUCAUUCACGUCACCUCUGUAUCCGAACGAGUACCGCAACAACACUAUUUGCACCUGGGACGUGAGUGUGCCACGCGGCUUGAAGGUCGCGUUGAAAUUCGUUGUAUUUGACAUCGGCACCACCACCAGCUGCGAGACCAAGGCGAACUCCCUGAAGCUUUACGACCCUGCGCCGGACGGUGAACCUAUCCUGGCCAACACUUAUUGCGGAGGGGACACCCCAGCGCCGUUUUACAGCACUAAAGAACAAAUCAUCGUGGAGUACACGUCGACGAUGAACAACGUUGGGACCGGUUGGAUGAUCAACUUCAAGGCUGUACGAGAGGGGGAAACAUUGACAAAUUGAUACGCCGUGAACCGAUGAUGAUGAUUUACAAAAAUAUUUAUUCUUCGAAGUAAUAUAUGCAUACAUUCCGUGGGCUAACGUGUGAGCUGCGUUUAUCGUCCGCUCCGCCAAAGCCUUCUAACGCUAAGAACUUCGUCAACAUCAUCGAGUAAACCCAUUGUUUGUACAUAAGGAGUGCAACGAUGUCGGAGUCAGUGGUUACGACUCGUCUCGUGGGUAGCAAUUAAAUAAAUGAGACUUGAUAUAAAA